CUCGCGGACCGUCCGGCGCGUCACGUGACGGGUCGGAGGCGCUGGCGGUUGCUGUCAGCUGAUUCCUCGGGUUGGUGGCUGGGACAGCGGCAGCAAUGGACUUUCUCCUGGGGAACCCGUUCAGCUCUCCAGUGGGACAGCGCAUCGACUCUGAGCUGUGGCUUCCUCAGUGGUCAAAGGGCAGUGGUUCUCCUGGCCUCACGUGGCUACUACACAAAUACAGUGACAUCCCCAAAACACAGAACCUGCGUUAUUCCACUGUGCAGAGAGAGAGCUACCGAUGGCUCCCUGCAGAGCGAGGACUGGGCUCUCAACAUGGAGAUCUGCGACAUCAUCAACGAGACCGAGGAAGGUCCCAAAGAUGCCUUCCGAGCAGUGAAGAAGAGAAUCGUGGGAAACAAGAACUUCCAUGAGGUGAUGCUGGCUCUCACGGUCCUAGAAACCUGCGUGAAGAACUGCGGGCACCGCUUCCACUUGCUGGUGGCCAGCCAGGACUUUGUGGAGGGCGUGCUGGUGAGGACCAUCCUGCCCAAGAACAACCCACCCACCAUCGUGCACGACAAGGUGCUCACCCUCAUCCAGUCCUGGGCUGACGCGUUCCGCAGCUCGCCUGACUUGACAGGUGUGGUCGCCGUCUACGAGGACCUGCGGAGGAAGGGCCUAGAGUUCCCGAUGACCGACCUGGACAUGCUGUCACCCAUCCACACGCCCCAGAGGACUGUAUUCAACUCAGAGACACCGUCAGGACAGAAUUCUGUGGGCACUGACACCAGUCAUCAAGGGGACUCCAGCCAGCACACCACCCCUCUGCCCAUCACAGCCUCACUCCCCAACGACACACCCAUAGUGCCGACCCCUGAGCAGAUCGGGAAGCUGCGCAGUGAGCUCGAGAUGGUGAGCGGCAACGUGAGGGUGAUGUCGGAGAUGCUGACGGAGCUGGUGCCCACGCAGGCGGAGCCCGCAGACCUGGAGCUGCUGCAGGAGCUCAACCGGACGUGCCGAGCCAUGCAGCAGCGGGUCCUGGAGCUCAUCCCCCGAGUUGCCAGUGAGCAGCUGACGGAGGAGCUGCUCAUGGUCAACGACAACCUCAACAACGUGUUCCUGCGCCAUGAAAGGUUUGAACGGUUCCGAACAGGCCAGGCCGGCAAGGCCCCAAGUGAGGCCGAGGCCGCAGCAGACCUGAUCAACAUGGGCCCUGAGCCGGCAGCCGUGGGCAACCUCUCCUCCCAGCUGGCGGGAAUGAACCUGGGUUCCAGCAGUGUGAGGGCUGGCCUUCAGUCUCUGGAGGCCUCUGGCCGAAUGGAAGACGAGUUUGACAUGUUUGCACUGACACGGGGCAGCUCCCUGGCUGACCAACGGAAAGAGGUAAAAUAUGAAGCCCCCCAAGCAACGGAUGGCCUGGCUGGAGCCCUGGAUGCCCGGCAGCAGAGCACCAGUGCGAUGGGAGGCGGCCGUGAGAAGAGCCCCAGUGACUGGAUGAUCCCUGUCACCCAGGCGUGUCUCAUGGAGGACAUCGAGCAGUGGCUCUCCACUGAUGUGGGCAGUGAUGCGGAGGAGCCCAGGGGCGUCACCAGUGAAGAGUUUGACAAGUUCCUGGAAGAACGGGCCAAAGCCGCAGAUCGGUUGCCCAACCUCUCCAGCCCAUCAGCCGAGGGGCCCCCGGGUCCCCCUCCUGGCACCACCCCUCGAAAGAAGACCCAGGAGAAAGAUGCCGACGUGCUAUUUGCCUUAUGAGUGUGGGGUCUGGCCCCUGCAGUCCAGUCCCUGCUGCUCCCACACCCUGUGGCUGGGCCUCUCCCUCCUUUGGUGUGUUAAGGCUGCUUUGGGGGUGACUUCUCACCCCCCUUCUCCCCACUGAGGGUGGGGCUGACCCAGCUCUAGCUGGGCUGUGCUGCUGGGGGUGUGGGGAGGCAGCCAGAUAAAUUGGGGGAACAGGUCAGUUCUGUGUUGGGAUCCUGGCCACUCCUGUGUCCUUCCCCACCCUAACUGACCACUAAAGCAGGAGGUCCUGGGGCAGACAGGCUGGCUGCAUGGUUGCCCCGGUGUGACACUCUCUGCCCUGGGUGAUUUCCUCCCUGGACCGUCCUCAGGGGAGCCCUCUUCAGCGCCCACACUGCCAGUCAAGGCUUGGCUGGAGGCUGGAGGCCACGGAAGCUUCUGCUGAUGCUUCUGGUCCCUUGCUCAGCCCCCGCCUCGCAGAGCCCAAAGGCCUUGGCCAGCUGUUGAGGGCAGGGUACAUGGCCCUCUGCCAAGCUGCCCUCUGUCCAGGUACGAUGCUGCACGUGGUGGGGGCAAGUCCUCCCCAGCCCCAGGCCGCUGGCGGGGGCUUCCAGGGAUGCUGGAGCGCCUGCGGCCCCACCCCCUCCUUCACUGUCUUUCCUUUGUCCUCUGUCCCUCGUAGCAGGGCUCCACUGGGCACUGGGCCCCCCACCUGCUGGUUGGUCCUCUUGUACUGGGAGAAGUACCUUUUGUAUCCCCAAUUAAAGGUAGACAACCAUCCUG